AUGUGGGCAUGUUCGGGCCCCUCGGGGCCCAAAGAGAUAUCCGUGGUCGGCUGCUUCCGGGGGCCAGCGAACGGGAACCUGCACAUCCGGCACAGCCAGAAGAACGGGUUCUUCGUGAGCGACCUGGAGCUGAUCGACUGCGCCAGCAUCGGGGACGUCCGGGCCGUGCUCGAGACGGGCAUACACAAUCGGCGGGCUGCGCCGCACGCGCUGAACACGAACUCCUCGCGCUCGCACGCCCUCUUCACCCUCCACAUAGACUCCGAGGGCGUGGGCGGCGGCGAGUCCCGGCACGGGAAGAUCACCUUCGUGGACCUGGCCGGCAGCGAGCGGCUGAAGGAGAGCCUCUCCGAGGGCAACGCGAUGAAGGAGACUCAGGCCAUCAACAAGUCGCUCUUCACGCUUGGGGCCGUCAUCUCGCAG